AUGCGCAAGCGGACCCGCUGGGAUUCCGACUCGCCUUCGGACGACGGGCGUCGCGCGGGCCGCCACCCCAAGCGGCCACUCCGUCCACGCGCCGUCCCGUCUACGCGCCACACGUCGUCGUCGACUGCCAAUGCCCACGACGCGUGCGCCUCGGGCCGCGCCGGGGCGCCGCACAGCCACACAGCGGCACCCACCGCGCCGCUGCUGCGCCACAAUUUCCAUCUCUUGGGCUGCCGCAGCGUCGACUGCUACGCGCGCAUUGGAGCGAUCGACGAAGGGACGUACGGCGUCGUGUCGAAAGCGCGCGACAAAGCGACGGGCGCUGUCGUGGCGCUGAAACAGGUCAAGAUGGGCGCCGACGCGAGUCGCGAGGGGUUCCCCGUCACGGCUUUACGGGAGACGAACGUGUUGCUGGCGCUCGCGCACCCGAACAUUGUCCAAGUGCGGGAAAUGGUCGUCGGGUCGUCGCCCGACAAGAUCUACAUGGUCAUGGACUAUGCCGAGAACGACCUCAAGCACGUCAUGCAGCGCAAGAUGACGGCGCCGUGGCUCCAGUCGGAAGUCAAGUACCUCUUGCACGCGCUCUUGAGCGCCGUGGCCUACAUGCACGACCAAUGGUACAUCCACCGCGACCUCAAGACGAGCAACUUGCUGUACGACGCGCAAGGCGUGCUCAAGGUCUGUGACUUUGGCCUCGCGCGCAAGUACGGGUCGCCGCUGCGCACGUACACGCAGCUCGUCGUGACGCUGUGGUACCGGGCGCCCGAGCUGCUUCUUGGCGCCACAAAGUACUCGACAGCAGUCGACGUGUGGUCGAUCGGGUGCAUUUUCGCCGAGAUGCUGCUGAUGAAGCCGCUGUUUUCUGGACGUGGAGAACUGGACCAGACGGACCAAAUCUUCAAGCUCCUAGGAGCUCCGAACGAGCAGAAUUGGCCUGGAGUCGACCACGACGUGCCCAAUGCAAACGUCAGCGUGCGGGGAAAGUGGCCCAAGCAUUCUCGACUGCGGGAGAAGUUUCCACUUGCUGCAACGAUCUCGGGCAGUGGCUGCGCGCUGUCGAAAGCAGGGUUUGACCUGCUAAGUCGUAUGCUAACUCUGGGUCCGCGCGACCGCAUUUCGGCCAGAGAUGCACUGGCACACGAGUACUUCCAAGAGUCCCCUCCACCAAAGCAACAGGAACUCAUGCCGACGUUCCCGGCGUAG